AUCAUUUUGAUUUAAACGGCCCAUAACUCUAGUCAUGUCUCUGUUUCAGAUGACUGUUUGGUUGCAGACUCUCGUCCUCCUUUGCUGUAUAAUGAAUUGUGUGGAGUCCUCUGCUCCAUCUCCAGACCUCCAGAGGAAUAAAUAUAGUUAUUCCUUUCGUCUCACGAGGUCCACCCGAACUCGUGUCCAGCAGCUGCAGAAGAAAUACAAGGAGCAGCAGUUGGGAAAUCAGGAUUUUGAGGACAGAAGCCGUCAGUUGAAGGACCUGCCAUCACUUUCUACAGAUUUCUACAGCUGGCUAAAACUGACGGACUGGGAACGACUGCAUGCUGCCCUCAGGGACAUGCAGACCUACUGGAAUAUGCUGGAGUGGAAGAGAAAACAGCUGGAGAAAGAGCAGAUGGCGGGAGUCGGGGCUUUACCUCGGAGCAUCAAGCACAUUCAGCUGGACCUGAGGGACCUGAUGAGCCAAGUAAGCAAUCAGGUAUCCACAGUCUUCUUACUGAAAUCCACCCACGGUUUGUCCCCUUUUUAGCCCACGCACACUUUGGAGGAAGUGACACCAAGGUCUGAUGAUCAACUGUUUUGCUUUCUUAUCCAGAUGAGUUACAUGCAGAGCUCUAGGAUGAGGCCAACCUCUCUUCCAGUACGGGCACCCCUGAACCCAGAAACCAGGUCUAAGACGGUGUGGGACAGCCGAGUUGAGGGUUACAUCAUUCUGAGGGAUCUUGAUCUUUACCUCACCAAACUGGCAAGAGACUUUCUUCUACUGGCUGCAAAAACACACAUGACUCAGCACUGAAAGAGCACUGGGACCUUGACAACACA